AUGGCGGACAGCUCGUCAGAUAACCUGUUGACGUGUCCCGGCAACAGCGUCUGGUGCUGGAGUGGCGUGAGGUGGGGCGAAAGGCCCGCUGUUUCAUCGUUGUUAGCUCCACAGGCUACCGAUGAGAUACCCAUCGCCGAGGAAUUCAGCAAGCUUUCCGCACAUUUAGAACCGAAACCGAGCGAGAUUGUGGAGACAUACAAAAUUUUGAAACGUGACCAAUCGAUUCAGCACACUUUGCUGUCUAAGGAUCCACUGAGCUUCAAAGAGGCAGUGGAUAUUGCUAUGGCGAUUGAAGCAACAGGGAAGAACAUAUUGGACUUACGUGGAAAAGGAGACGAGAUAAGUCCAAUGCGUGUUGACGAACAUCCGGUGCAUGCGGUGGCGGGCAGAAGCCAUACCGGCAGACGUCCGGACGGUAUUCAGGCAAACAUGCACAAGGGAAUACGUAAACAAAUGAUGGGCCCCCAGGAGAACAAAUGGAAACAACAGUGUUGGGACAAGGUAGGAGAUACAAUCGACAAGCUGGUGAUGCGAAAAGCUUAUGAGGCAGUGCCGUAUUCAUCGUGGGCGACACCUGUCGUGCCUAUUAUGAAAUCGGAUGGGUCCAUUCGCAUAUGUGCUGACUACAAGGGCACAAUCAAUCCAGCAUGUAAGCCAGAGUGUUAUCCGUUGCCGACCAUCAACGAAGCUCUGGCAUCGCUGGCAGGGGAGAAAUAUUUCACAUAG